CUCCAACUCUUAAUCUCAAAGUGUUCGACACCUCCAGCCGCUCCCAAAGGGCAUGGCAAAAGCUUUGCAACUGCUUCUGCUGAUUCUUGCAAGGUCAGGGCUAAGUGUGUGAAGGAACUAUUGAAAGGCAUCAGCUACGGCCCUGCGCCCUUGAAGGGAGCAGGGAAGCUCCCAAACGAUGACUUCAUGGCGCCCUCCGCGAAGGCGCAGUGGAGUUCUUCUGGAAGAGGAGACCUGGAAAUUAUGAAAAAGGUGGGAGCCAACGCAGUACGUCUUUAUGGGAACGAUCCUCGCGAGGACCAUAAGCCUUUCCUUGACGAAGCAGCAAAGCAAGGAUUGGAGGUUAUUCCUGGGAUGAGCGAUUAUCCCUACACUCAGAUGCCCAAGAACUGCAUGACCACGGACUUCAAUUGCUACUCCCAGAUUAAGGAGCAGUACAAGAGCAACCUGCAGAAUGGCUUUGUGGACAAAGACGGUUCCUAUCAUCCAGCUCUGAAGACAGUGAUUGUGAUCAAUGAGCCUGAUCUCAAGAUCCCUGGUAUCUCGCAGCCAUCAAAGUUUUGCAGGGCCAUCAUCAGCGCCAUCGAUGGGAUGAUUGAUGCAGAGAAGGAAGUGGGCGUGAAGUCUAACUUCGUGAACUUCACUGCCACCUUCUCCUUUGGCAUCUGCACGGCGUGCGAGGGAAGUCGGAAGCCUGCCCUGGGUCAGAUGAUUCACCUGCACCUCGCGAUGACCCAGCCGGAGGAGGUGGGCUACAAAGCGCAGAACGACCUUGCAGAGGUCUACAGGACCAGGUUCACCAAUAGCUUCAACACCAACAAUCCUGCCACCGACAUGAAGCCUUUGUUCCUCAACGACUAUGAGGAACACUUCAAGAGCACACCAGUCUUCAUUGGCGAGUACCAUUCAACGCACGUGAGCACCAAGAAGGACAUCGAGGAAGUGAUGGACGUUGUCAAGAACAGUUCUUUGGUCGGCAUCAGCUUCUUUGAGUUCCAAGUCCGCUACGACAAGGGUGGCUCGGAGAUGGAUUUUGGGAUGUUUGGGCUUGGCCAACAAAAGAUCACGACGAUGGACUUUUUUGGUGUAGAAUUCCCUGUGUGGUGUUUGAUGAAGAUGCAAGACAAGAAAUCACCAGGGGAAACAGUGGUGGAUGGAUUGGCAUCUGCAUUCCAAGGUGCUGGGAUCAGCGACGAGGAACUUUGUGUGAUUGAUCCAGAAAAGGUGCCGCUUUCGGAGGAUGGCUACCAAUCGAUCCGUUCUCUGAAGAAGAUCGAUAAAAUGGCCGCUUUUGUGUCGCGGGUCGUUCAGCACUUGGGAGGCGUUGUCUCGGAUCAGAAACAAUUGCAGGACUUCGCGCAAAAGUACAUGACGACGGAGGCCAAGGUGUAUGUGCGCAGGCUGUCGCAGCUUGACGCAAGCUUCACAUCCAUGGUGAGUGAACUUAGUCAGCACCCAUCAUGGGUUGACUGGGAUGCAAACGCCGCUUGCAUUGCAGAUCGAGCCUCCGACGAGGGCAGCAUCGGAGAGGCCGUGGGUUAUGUCUGUGGAGAGCUGACCAGCUUCAACUGCACGGACUUGCCCAGUUUCUGCAGUGAGGACCUCUGGAUGAAAGCCGAUUAUGUCUUAAGCUUGUUCUACUUGCGCCAGGUGACGAGCGGUCAGCCCCUGCGUGAUUGCAACUUCAAUGGGGCAGCCAUGUUCGCUCCCUCGAAGGUCUACCGUGGCCACGACACUGUUUGCAUCGUCACCAAGGACCCAUCAACCACCGCCCUAUCGGAGGAGGGUUAUCAGACAACUCUAGAAGAACACGACGCUGAGAAGGUGGCCAUCUUUGUUCAACGAGAAGUGGAAGACCUUAAGAUGCAGGUCACAAACUCCUCAGCUCUGAAGUCAUUUGCUGAAAAGCCACCUGCGCACUUCAAAGAUCUCAAGGACCAGCUUUCUCAAAUGCCUUGGGUGUGUGGCGGCCCAUCAGGAAGAAAUUGUCCAAGUCCGAUCAAUCCAUCUGGCGGUGGUGCCUCUGCCUUGGAGAUAGGUCUCAUCAUAUGCAUCAUUCUGCUUGUGGUCGCUGUCCUGGCGGCGAUGUAUGUGAGACGGAAGCGGCAGAUGGCUGCGGCACGAAACCAAGAGGUCAGCACACCACAGCUGGAGCUGCGUGUUACUUGAGGCAGAUAUUGAAAGCUGACUGUGACCAUGACUAGAGGGGUUAGGUUUUGUUUGUCACAAGACUGGCAACAUACCCAUACCAAGCGGAUGAAUGGACGGAAAGAGCUUCUUUUCUAGGUGAAAGUAUAAUCUGAAACAAUGUUCGCACGCUAGAUCCUGUAAGCCGCGUCAGGCUCCUUCUUUCUUAUACAUACAGAGCUGGAAAGUUGCAACACUCAUAGUGAGUAGCUCGGGGCUCAUUCGAUCAUUCGAAUCAUUUUCUCACGGCUGUCCCAA